AUGCCUAAAAGAAAAAAGAGCAACCUCUCCAGUCGUCCUGCUAAGGCAAGGGCAAUGGCAUCUUUGCGAGAAAGGGAGUCCUUUCAAAAGAGACAAGUCCGUCUGCAAAAAAACACAGAAACUACAGCACUACAACGAUUCUCUGAAACUUCAGAACGUCGUCAGGCUCGAUUACAAACCAAUGCUAACAGGAUUGCUUACCUACGGUCCCAAGAAACUCCUCAACAGCGUCUGCUACGUAGAGAAGAGGAUUCAGGACAAGUUUAUCACCGCAUUGGUAGCCUUCUUCCUCCUUCAGGAAAGCCCCAUAGCUUUCUACAAAUAUAUUUUAUUGGGGAUCAGGACAUUGAAACAGACACACGUUGCAACAACAUACCUGGUGUUUGUCGUACAACGGUCGAAGAUAUACAGCAAAUGUUUCAUGAAGAAAAUCAAUUAGUACGUUCUUUUAAAACUGCUAUGGAACUUCUUCCAACAGAUAACUACAAAGUUGUAAUUCGUGCUGACCGCCGUCCACCUGGUGAACAUGAACGCCGGUACAAUGCUCCUACUGCAGAUGAAGUGGCGAUUGUCAUUGCUGGAAAUGAGUUUGAGAGCCGAGACAUUGUAUUAAGGAAACGUGAUGGCAAUCUUCUCCGAGUGUCUGAAACUCACCGCUUCUACGAUGCACUACAAUACCCACUAAUUUUCUCAAAAGGACAAGAGGGGUAUCAUUUUGGUAUCCCCAUGAUGGAUCCAAAUACUAAUCUCCCUACAAACAAGAAGGUUUCGUCAAUGGAUUUCUAUGCGUACAUGUUAAUGGUACGCGAAGACGAUUUUAAUACUAUCUUGAGGUAUAGACAGCUCCUAAACCAGUUCAUAGUUGACAUGUACGCCAAAAUAGAAACUGAACGCCUACUGUACAUUAAGCUCAAUCAAAAAAAACUUAGGGCUGAGAGCUACGUGCAUUUGAGAGAUGCUUUGAACAAUGAUGCGACACUGAGUGCUAAUGAUAUUGGCCAAUCUGUUAUCCUUCCUUCAAGUUUUGUAGGAUCUCCGAGGUAUUUAAGUGAAAGGGCACAAGACGCUUUGACCUAUGUUAAAAACUACGGUCGCCCGGACUUAUUUAUAACUUUAACAUGCAAUCCAAAAUGGCCCGAAAUAUUGGAAUCCUUGCUUCCAGGGCAGAAAGCAACAGACAGACAUGACAUUGUUUCACGUGUGUUUCAUCAAAAAAUAAAGAUUUUUGUCGCAGUGAUCAACAAAGGGGAAGUUUUUGGCUCUGUCAGAUGCUUUAUCUACACUGUAGAGUGGCAGAAACGUGGAUUACCUCACAUCCAUUACCUCCUUUGGUUAUGUGAAAAAAUCCGUCCUAAUCAGAUUGACAGUGUCAUUAGUUCUGAAAUCCCAGAACGUACCUCUGAUCCGGUUCUUCAUGAGUAUGUACUGAAACAUAUGGUACACGGACCUUGUGGUGCUUACAACCAACGGUCUCCAUGCAUGAAAGACGGCAAAUGUACGAAACACUACCCAAGGCCCCUGAUUGAAAACACCCAAACAAAUGAUGAUGGUUAUCCUAUGUACCGUAGACGGAGUCCACAUGAUGGUGGAUUCACGGGUCAUAUUAAUAUGAAAGCUGCUGGAAAUGUUGCUGUGGAGAUAGACAACCGCUGGAUUGUCCCAUAUUGCCCAACUUUGAUUAAGAUCUUCAAUGCGCACAUCAAUGUAGAAUACUGCAGCUCAGUUAAGGCCAUAAAGUACGUUUGUAAAUACAUACACAAGGGAAGUGACCAAGCUGCAUUCAAUUUGGUGAAAGGCGCACAAUUAGACAAUCUAAAGGAUGAAGUGACUAUUUAUCAAACCGGACGUUACUUAAGUAGUAAUGAGGCUGCUUGGCGCAUAUUUGGAUUCCCAGUGCAUGAGAGGAAACCAACUGUGACUCAUCUAUCAGUACACCUAGAAAAUGGUCAGCGGGUAUACUUUAAUGAGGAAAACAUGAAUGAAAGAUUGCAAAACCCACCACCAACCACGUUGACUGCACUCUUUGAUCUAUGCCAAAAUGAUGAUUUUGCAAAAACACUUUUGUAUCAUGAAGUUCCACACUAUUUCACUUUCAACGCAACCGAGAAAGUAUUCAGGCGCCGAAUUCAAGGAACACCUGUCCAUGGUUAUGCAGAUGUUAAAUACUCAGAUGCAUUAGGUCGUGUAUAUACUGUUCAUCCGGCAAACUUUGAGUGCUAUUGUCUUCGUUUGCUUCUUCAUAAAGUAAGAGGCCCUACAUCUUUUCAGCAACUAAGGACAGUAAAUAACCAAAUUUGUGGCACAUACAGAGAAGCCUGUCAGGCCCUUGGUCUGCUUGAGAAUGACAACCAUUGGGAGUCAACGAUGGAAGAAGCUGUUCUGACUCGCUCAGCUUCUCGUGUACGCCAUCUAUUUGCAAUAUUGAUAAGUACGUGUGAGUUGUCAAGCCCUAUAACUUUGUGGGAAUCAUUCAGAAAUGAUUUGUCUGAUGAUAUCUUACAUCGACACAGGGAAGUCGUCCCUGACCUUCAGUACAAUGACAUAGUUUACAAUGAGGCCCUAACGAAUAUCCAAGAACUGGUGAAGUCUAUGAGUGGGAAAGAUUUAAGUUCGUUUGGCUUACCCGCUCCAAACUUAUUGAAUGGAAUCAACCCUGAACUUCUAAAAGAAAUGGCAUAUAACAUCGACGAUAUGCAGCUCCAAGUACAAGAGAUGUUACCAAAACUUCUACCCGAGCAACAAGUGGUUUAUGAUACAAUUUUAGAGAGGAUUGAGAGUAGAAAAGGAGGAAUUAUCUUCCUAGACGCUCCAGGUGGAACAGGUAAAACUUUUCUUAUAACUCUCAUAUUGGCUAAGCUGAGAAAAGAAAAUCACAUUGCUCUUGCGAUUGCAUCCUCUGGCAUUGCUUCAACACUUCUACCUGGUGGAAGAACUGCACAUUCUGCAUUGAAACUACCACUUAACCUAGCAACUGCUGAAACCACACAAUGCAAUAUCAGCAAAACCUCUGAUCGAGCUGAAGUCCUCCGACGUUGUACAUUACUGGUGUGGGAUGAAUGUACAAUGUCUCACAAACGAGCAUUUGAAGCAUUGAAUGCAACACUUCAAGACAUCAGAAAUAGUCAAGAUUUAAUGGGGGGCUUAGUUGUUUUGUUGUCAGGGGACUUUAGACAAACCCUACCAGUUAUCCAACGUGGAACUCCAGCAGAUGAAAUCAAUUCCUGUUUGAAAAAGUCUGUCCUAUGGAGUCAUAUUGAGCAGUAUCACUUGGUUCAAAAUAUGAGGGUAAGUCUCCAUAACGACUGUGAUGCCAGACAAUUUUCAGGUGAUUUGCUCAAGAUUGGUGAAGGUAGAAUGAAAACUGACCAACAUAAGAUGAUUUCCUUCCCAGAAAACUUUGGUCACAUGGUUGCUUCUGCGGAAGAGCUUAUAGCAAGUGUGUUUCCUGACUUACAAAACAACCACUAUGAUCCUGAAUGGUUAUCCUGCAGAGCAAUUUUAGCCCCCAAAAAUGACGAUGUGAACAAAAUAAACAGCAAAAUUAUGAACAUUAUUCAUGGUGAAGUUAAAUCUUAUUUGUCCAUUGAUUCAAUUACAGAAGAGGAGCAAGCACUACACUACCCUGUUGAGUUUCUUAACACCUUGGAACUGCCUGGUAUUCCCCCGCACAAGCUUGAAUUGCAAUUAGGAAUCCCAGGAUUCACACCGUUCACUGAUCUCAACAACAGGAACGAUGAAUCAAUCCCUAAGGAAAUCAUCUACAACGGCUUUGAUGAAUCCACAGUACCUUUGGUCGACAAGGUUUUAUGA